AACAGAAAGAACAAUGUGAUCCUGGUGGCAGAUGAGGCGAGAUUGUCGGGAUGGAUGUGACAAGUUUUGAAAUGAAUUAUGAUAUGUCAAUUUUUAAUUCGCUUCCGCAAUAUUGUUGAAUACUCUAAUGAGUCAAGAAUCGACCCACGGCCAGUACGUUCCGGAGCCGGAGCACGUGAGCGUGCACACGGAGAACACCGAGGGUUCGAGUUUCACACCUCCGGGUGACGGAGGGCAACAGCAGAAUCAACCUGAGCCGGCGGGACAGCCACCAGCUGUACCGCCGCCAGUCGUACCACCUCCAGUGAUGCCACCGUUGGCGAUACCGCCGGUGGCCUACGAGCAGAUGUUCCCGGCCAUGAUGGCCCAUUAUAUGCAGCACAUGGCGCAGCUUAUGCCCAUGUUCCAGCCACCGCCACCACCACAGCCGCAGCUGCGCAUCGUUACCUUCAAGACGUUGAAGGAUAAUGGAGCGGAAGAGUUUCGAGGAGACAAGUUGGGGGAGCCCCAAAUUGCAUUGGAUUGGCUUGACCAGAUGGACUGGGUACUCAAGAAUUUGAGAGUCCCAGAUGCUGAUCGCUCAGAGUUGGCGUCACAGAUGUUCCGGAAGGGAGCAUAUGAUUGGUGGAAGCGCAUUGACCAGGAUCCACACACGCCCAAGCCAUGGACCUGGGAUCGCUAUGAUCGAGCCUUCACGAAGGAGUACGUCCCCACCCGGUACCGCGAGGAGAGGCGCGAUGAGUUCUAUGGGACGAGUCUGGUCUCCACUCCGGAGGAUCGUUUGAAUGAGUUCGUCAAGAAGCUACGGCCGGACUUGAGGCCGUACGCCGCGCUGAUCACGACGACAGAUUUUAAUGCGGCGUAUGAUUUGAUUGUGAAGACGGAAAAGAGCUUGGACGAUUUGCAGGCAACCAAGAAGGAGGAUCGAGCGACGAAAGACCCGCGACCCGCGGCUAGCACCGGGCCGAGCGGGAAGAGUUUUGGAUUCGGGGGAAAGAGGUGUCCGUUGUCCGUGCAAGGGAAGCAAUUCUCUGCAGAUUUGAUAGAGCUACCACACAAGGAGUUUGACAUUAUCCUUGGUAUGGAUUGGCUCACCGAGCAUAGAGCAGUGGUCGGCUACAGUUGUCGGACCGUACGGCUGAGAGCCGAGGACGGUAGCGACGUAUCACUCUCCGGGGAGGUGUUCCCCAAGACUCCCGAGUUUAUAUCGUCCUUGAGCGCGAGGCGCUUGAUUCACAAGAAGUGCGAGAUGUUCCUGUGUCACGUUCAGGAUAUGAGAAAAGAAUCACCACGUCAGCAGGACAUUCGUAUGGUUUGCGACUUCCCCGAUGUCUUUCCCGAAGACCUACCUGCCGCCAGUCGCUGCCUAGCGUCGCCAAGCCUCCACCUCCUCGCCGCACCAGCCAGCUGCGGCCUUACCGUCGCCGGAAGCACGUCGCCUACAGCCAGGGUCGGCGCCGCCGCCGACGGUCUCCAAUCGCCGCUGUUUCGCCUUCGCCGGAAGCCGCCGCUCCUCGCCGUCAAGUGCAGUGCCGCUGUUUCAUCCUUUGCCGGAAGUCCUUCGCCUCCACUGCCCAGCGCCGCCGCUGCUUCCUUUGCCAGUAGCCGCCGCCAUCAUCGCCGUCGGGUGCAGCGCCGCCACGCCGAGCGCUGGACGUCUCCUCCUUUGCCGACGUCCUUCCUCGCCGUCGAAUUGCAGCGCCGCCAGUCGCUGCUCAUCGCCGUCGAGUUGCCGCUCCACCACUGUCGCCGGCGUCCGUCACCGUCGCCGCAUCCAGCCGCUGCCUCGAGUUGAUAUCGCCGGGAGAUUAACCUCCACGCCGGAUUGAUUGGUCGAUUUCGUAUUUUGACUCGAUUUGACCCAUUCGUUUCAUUUCGUUGAUUUGUCUUCCGUUCGAGCUAUCAAUUCGAUUUCGGCGUAAUCCAGGUCCGUACUAUGAAGUUAAUAGCAUUUAGAAUAGAUUUAAUGGUUUGGA